CCUUGUUCCUUCAUUUUCUGUUGUUCCUGGUCCUGGGGUUGUGUAUUUAUGAUAAAAAAAACGGCGCACCACCGGUACGCAUAGCUCUGCGCUGCACUGGCAGGGAGCUAAUGAAUUAUUGAUCCGCCGCCGCCGCCGCCUCUACUCCCUCCCAUGGAAAUUGCACACUUGUGUCGUGAUGUGUUAUCAGCUAAUAGUUUGCUAUUGAUUAUUCGGAAUUAAAACUAUCGGAUUCAUCUUACAGAAUGCUUGAUGCCGGGUGGGCGUUCCAGGGUUAAGCCGACGCCGGCGAAUUACCCUCCAUCUGCCUCUGAUGAAGUGUCUCAUCUGGAGCUGCAUCUGCAACAGCAGCUCCAAGAGGAUAUUGCUAGAAUUUUCGAUGAAUCCAUUUAUUCUGAUGUAGAAGUGAUUUGUGGAAAACUAAAAAUACUAACCCAUUCAUGUAUACUCAAAACUCGGACGAAAAACUUUUAUCGUAAGCUUCAGACUAUAUUGCAUCUGAACAUUGAACGCAGUACCUUUGAAGAAAUUUAUUCAUUCAUAAGCGACGUUUAUACUGAGUGCAACAUAAACCAUCAAGAAAAUGAAAUUAUUGCAUAUCUAAAUAAAAUUUUUGGGAAGAACAAGCCCCGACAUUCUUCUUCUUGGAAUUCCAAAGAAGAAGUAGACGAUCAAGACGUAUUUCUUACACCUAAAUGUGUUAGUCCAUAUGCAGAUAAAACUUUAAAAUCUCUUACUUCUAGUCCAAGUACGGAAUUAAAUAAGGAAUAUUACGCUUUGGUUCCCAUUGACAGUAGCGGUAAUAUACUUGAUAAAGAACUUAAAGAACAAGAUCUACUGUUUAACGCAUUUAACUCUAUUAUUAAAUCACAGGCACCUGAUCUUUAUAAAAGUCAAAAGUCCGUUAAGCCUACUACUCUAUAUUUGAACAUAGACACAAAUAAAUUAGUGAAAAAUUCGACUAGUUGCGAAAGUUUGAACGAUAAUUGUCUAAGUAAUAUAACAAAAGAAGAAAAUAAGAAAAGAUCUCAGGUUAUCAUUAAAAAAUACACAGACGAUACAGAAUUGUCAUAUACUGAAUAUUGUAACAAAGUUAUCAGAAAUACUGAAAGUAUAUCCGAUAAAGCUCCGGAUUCUACUUAUUCACCUGAUAGUUUAAUAGCAGAUGAUCCAAGUUCAUCUUCGGAUUAUUUGUCAGCUGCUUAUGCCUGUUCUCCAGUAGCAAAUUCAUCAGCCUGCACUUUUCACUUAAAUGUUGGUGAUAGUAUUACAAAAAUGGAAAAUAUAUUCACUUCUUCAGAUUCGGGGUUAGAAAAUACUGGUUUACUGGAAAGCAUUAAUAGUCAUAAAGAUAUCACUUUGACCGAUUUGUCAUUGAAUGAAAGCACUCUUCACGAUUUGACCACUGAUGACGCAAGUAAUUCACAUGAUUCCAUGUCCGUGAGUAGUUCUAUGGAAAAACGCAAAUUCGUAUCAGGGGGAGAUCAAUCAGCUAUGAAUUCAUCAGAAAGCAAUCCUAAUUGCGAGAAUAUAGACUCCACCCAAAAAUACAAAGAUUCUAAAUCAUCAAAAGAAGAAAAACAACGUCAGAAUGAGGAAAUAGUGAUAAUGGAAUCAUCAUCACUAUCUUCAGAAACUGGGUCAUGGGAGUCUGUGUUUCCUCCCAAAGCAGCUGAAAAAGAUAUUUGUAAGAAAUUAAUAAAUCAUGAACAAGAAUUUACAAAACAAGAUUCAUCUAUUGAAGCGAGCAAUUUAAGACAGUUUGAUGAUACCUCCGGUCAAAGUAAGCCAAAUGAUUUUAAUGAAUCUUUUGGUACAAGUUUGGUACAUAAAUCUCCGUUCAAGAAAACAUCAUGUUUUAUUGAUGCUACAUUGUUAAUAGACGAAGAGGAUCACACCAUCAACAUGAAAUUAAAUAAAGAUUUCGCAGCAGAAACAGUAAAUGCUCCAAGUCAACCUGUACCCAUUUGCUCAAAUAAGCUCGACUUAAGUCCAAACGAUUGGUCUGAGAGUAAUGACAAUGAGGAUUCGCUAGAACAAACGGACAAUAAAGAGACAAAUCACAAAGAUUUAUCACCUACAAUAUUUGAUAUGACACCUGUAACCGAAGAUUCAUUAAUUUCAGAUGCUUUUGAAAAAGUAGCUCAAGUAGACAGCUUUGAAAAUAAAAAAGAGCCACAAACCUCAGCCGAAAAAGACAUCUGUCCGUUACCCAACACACCACAUAAUUCUCUUCGAGUAUUAACACCCAAGUGUAAUGAUUCUACAGAAAACUGUGAAGGGCCAUUGUCUGAUACUUUAAAAAACGAAUGCAUAAAUGCUAAAGUUAUAAAACAAACACAUGAUUCCUCUCCUAUUGUUUCUGGAGGAGCAUCAAUUAAAGAUCAUUUACCACAAAUAAGUACUUAUAGUCCUAUAACACGCAGAAAGUUGGAAAAUGUUCCGAUAGUAUCUGGAGCCUAUAUCCCAAAUUUAGACCGUUGCCAAAGCCAGUCUCCAAAACCGUCUAGUUCUGCCGCUUGGGUUAUUGAUGUGUCAAAACAUACUAAAAAUGAUCAUAAAACUCAAAAGGAUGAAUCUGGAAUAAAAUUAAAUGAUUAUUCUAAUAAUUUGAAUGGUGAUAAUUGUAACAGAAGUAGAAGUUCUGUCGAUUCAGAUGGCAGUGAAAAAUCAUCACAAAAAUUUUAUAUAGAUUUCUCUGACAUGCCAACGUCUACAUCGGCUGCUAAACAAAACGUGGAAACUUCUGCUGAGAAGAAAUAUAUAUUCUCAAUGUUUAUAGACUUGGGAGAUAAAACAGGAGUUAAAGAAAUGCCUGCUCGCUUAGGUUCCUCUGCAAAGAAAAGUAAUGUAAUCGAAUCAAAAAAUGUUUUUAAAAAUGAGAGUUGCUCCAAGACCAAUGGAUUACCUAAUUUAGAAACUCACAAUUCUUUUGUUCCUCAAAUUGACAACAGCGAUGAACGUGAUUUCGAAAAGUAUGAAUGUUUGUGCGAGGAUCCCAAAAUCAGUAUUACAGAAAUAAUAUCUGCACCAAAAAACAUUUUAGCGAAUUUGCCUAAAAAUAACACGGUCGAAAAAUCUGACUUGAGUGAUACGUGUUUUAAAGUCACAGAAAAUAAAAGUAAAGGAGAAAAUACAAUUGAACAAAAUAUUGAACAACAGACCAGUUCGAUAGCUAAUAUGUCCAUAGAUGCAGAGCCAUCCGCUGACUGUUCGACCGAUCACGGUCACCCAUCUACUCGGGACUCAAAUUUUGAUGAACAAAAUGAUUGGAAUGAAGCUGGAGCUUCGGGAUUGAGUUACGAUGCACCCGGCCGCUACUCUGCGGCUUCCACUAUUCGUGAAGAAUCUAUAACUGACGUAGAAUCGACAAAUGAAAUGGAGUCAGGAGAUUUCUUUCAUGGAGAAAUGCCACCAGUUGUUCCCGAACCUUUUGUGAAGUUAUCAGACUUGGAUAAGCCUCUCAAUAAACCUUACAAGGGCAAGGGUAAGGCGAUCGAUAGAAGAAUGACAAGAUCUAUUCCAGAGAAUAAUUGGUGUGGUCAAAAUCAAAACGCUGCUCCAAUAUCCAUGGACGUCAUUAGUUCGUUUCAUUCAGAAAAUGCUCUGAGUUUAAAUAGAUUGUUUCCACAUUUACAAAACGAAAUUAGCCGAAGUAUGCCGGGGUCGUUAUCCAGUAGGACGCGGUCCCCAAUGCGGCCAGGUCCCGCUGAUGGAGAGGACCAGGCGUCUGAUGGCUCUGAACUUAGCAGUAUGCAGAGCAGCGCUUGCCGAUCUGCUGUUGGAAAUAGUACACCUGAAGAUACAGGAUUAACUUCAAGCAUUAUAAAUCAAUGUCAAUCUCGUCUUGGGCAAGAUUUGCUGCGUAUGUUUUUGGAAGAAAUAGCUCCCGACGUCAUCGUUGAAGUAUCAGGAAGACGUAUAAAAGCACAUAAAUGCAUUUUAUCUUCACGGUGUCAAUAUUUUGCUGGCAUUUUGAGCGGUGGUUGGGUAGAAAGUGCAGGCAACGUUAUUCCACUUCCACCGUUUGCAUACAAUGUGGUGCAUUUUGCUAUGUGCCACAUAUAUUCAGGCACAUCUGCUAUUCCGGAGUCCGUGAGCAUUGUAGAACUAGCCACGUUGGCGGAUAUGUUGGGCUUGGAGGGAUUGAAGGAAGCUAUUAUGUUCUCUUUGAAGUCGAAAUAUUGUCACCAUUUCCAUAGGCCGUGUCACGUCUGCAUCGCUGGAGUGCUGGAAUGUUUCCCCCUUUCAUCGCUGUGUGGUCUCGACGACUUGUACCACAAAUGUCUACGUUGGAUCACCAAGUAUUUCCCUAAAGUGUGGCCAACUCGCGCGUUCGCCACUCUGCCAGCGGACCUUCAUGACCGGUGCUUCCAGCAGCAUGUUGUCAAUAUGACUGUGGAAAACGUUGCAGAUACUGUGUUUGGUUGCGGGCUUGCAAUGAUGAUGCUCCAGGCGAACGUUCGCGGAACGGAUAACGUGGAAGUGAUGUGUCGGCGUCUGAUCAAUGCGUCCGCGCAGUUCGCCGCCUCUCGCCUCGAAGCCGUACUCCGCUCCAUGGAGCCGCUGCCUUUAGAUGCGCCGCCUCCCGCUCUACGCGCCCUCGACGAAUUCGUAGAAGCUGCUCUCAACCGAGCUCCCAUAGAAGAAGUCUGUCGGGGCUACGCAUACCUUGAAAGCGUAGUCAGAGAAAUACAGAUGCAACAACUUGCCAAACCCGACUUGAUAUCUAAUGGCUACCAAAACACAGCCCUCACCGGAGACGAGAGCUUCGUCCACGCGCGUGCGAACGUAUGGAAGCUGAAGUGCCAAUACUUACUUGUGGAUGAUGCGUUACGCGUCGUCAACACGCAGGCGUUCCGCGAUUUACCGCUGGCUCUGCAGCAGAAAUUGCGCAAAUUGGGAUGCGUCGCAUCGCCUAUGCAACCUCGUAGGUGUCCCAAUCUACGCCAUAGUCGGCCACCACCCUCGCUUAACUCUCACAAUGCUGAAAUCGAACGUAUGAGAGCUUGCUUCGUCCCUUAUUCGCAGAGACCUUCUACCUCUUUUAACGUACAGGAUUCAUUGCGCGGUCACGUCGAGCUGCGAGACCGGAACAAAUCCAACAAAGUUCCCAAGGUUAAAACUACGAAGGCCCAAGAAGAACGCGCCAAGUUCAAUAUGGCAAAGAAUGCUCAACCUCAAUGCAGUACUAGUUCCAGAUCAACCAAAAUGUUUGAGAAUGCGAAGCCUAGAUACUUAGAGCCCAAAGCAGUGAAGCAGCCAGAGAAAAAGAUGGCGGCUCAGGGGAAGUUGAUGCCUAAAAUGAUGUCGUCGAGUGAGUCUUCGCGUAAUUCGAGUCCGAUACAUACGCAUGGCAUGCGAGGCUCGCGAACAAAGUCCAGACAAUUGGACAGGAAGGGGCACGCGAUGUCGCAGGAUAGCUUGGCUACUAAUUCAAGACCUCGAACGGCCGAACCUUCCACGGAUUCCCUCAGCGAAUCGCAAAACAGUAACAAAUACGCUACCUUCACUAAAGCCAAACAUACCAAGGCUAGCAACGAUUCGGCUGCCCAGCUGUCGUCAUCCGUAUCAUCCCGCAGCCAGCACUCUGUCUACAGCAAGUCUAGAACAAAGAUCCCGGUUUCUCUCACGAUGAGCAAAACCAAACAGCCAGUGCACACUGGUAGUAACAGUAUCAGCGAUAUUUCGAAGAGGAAUAUCAGCGGAGGCGGUGGGCCCUCGGCAUUGACUCAACCUUCGCGCAGCAAGGGAGAACGCAAAGUCCCCGGCUCCUUGAUGAUGGCGACCAAGUCCAGCUCGGCCAAAAUGGUCCAGAAAACUGCCGCCAAGGAGAAACCCACGAAGACAACCAGCAAACAGAGCAAGCCAUCCAGCAGCCGCCAAAAUAACGAAACUUCAGAUAUACCGGUAAUGGGACGUUCGGGAACCUUCCUGAAGGAUGAACCCACCUUCGAGCAUAACAACUUUGAUAUAGACAACUAAACACAUAACUUUCUAGUCGAGCACAUUUAGUGAUUUUUAUUUUUAAGUAUCUUAAAAGUUAAAAUUACUUCAUGCGCUUUAAACCUUUCUCCUUCAAUACAGAGUUUGCGGCUUUAAAAUACUGGAUGCCAAAAUGACAAAAAAAAAAAACAUUUUGUUACAAUUUUUAACUCAAUCCUUCUCAACUUGAAUUUAUUUGUA